UUCCUUUGAAGAUGAAAGGCAAACGGAAGCUCCGUCCCCUUCCCCAAAGGGCAAGGGAAAUCUCUGUGAGAUUGGCUGGGAACUGUAUCCACCCAAAUGUCACCGCUUUCUUCCAUCAAGGAAAUGAGCAGAACUAGCAAUAAGAAAUUUCUCAGCCUGAUCGAGAGGAUAAGAGACUGGGUGGUCCCGUAAAGCCACGACAAAGGGAGGGAAAGAGGGUUACUCAGUGCCCAGCCUCAUUUGACCUGGGACCUAUUUGGUGCGCCGGAGGCGGAGCGAAAAUUAUCGCGCUAGGGGCAGCUGCAGCUGCGCAAACUCUCAUUUCCGUCCCCGCCUCCGAGACGCUGCAGAACAAUCAUGGUGGUGGGGUUGUUAGGUUUGUGUGCUCGCCGCCUUUUGGCGGCAACGGCGCUACGAGGGCUCCCGACUGUCCGUGUCCGCUGGGAAUCCAGCGCCUCCAGGGCUGUGGUUGCUCCACCCGCCAUCGCGGGGAAGCGGCCGCGGGAACCGACCAUACGCUCGCAGGAGGAUCCGGAUCCCGAGGACGAAAACCUCUACGAGAAGAACCCAGACUCCCAUGGUUAUGACAAGGAUCCUGUUGUGGACCUCUGGAACAUGCGUGUUGUCUUCUUCUUUGGCUUCUCCAUCGUCCUAGUCCUUGGCAGCACCUUUGUGGCUUACCUGCCUGACUACAGGAUGCACGAGUGGGCCCGCAGGGAAGCUGAGAGGCUUGUAAAGUACCGAGAGGCCAAUGGCUUUCCCAUCAUGGAAUCCAAUUGCUUUGACCCCAGCAAGAUCCAGCUGCCAGAGGAAGAGGACUGACUGAUUGCCAAGUGGGGCUUACGAAGCACCACCCUCCCACCCACUCCACCUGCCUUCCUGCCCUCUCCUCAGAGCACCUAAUUAAAGAGACUGAAAAUCGGA